AUUUCACCAGAGUCGUCUUGAUCACUUUCCCAUGCGAACCACUCACCCUUAUAAUGGCUCAUCAACAUCGCCUGACAAAGUGCGCAACCAAGCAUCUUCGUCACUUCUGACAUUUCCAACGAGCCCGACGACGCCGAGUCCCUCGCUCGUCUUCAGCUCUAUGGCAAUGAACUUGAUAUUCGCGGCCUUGUGGCCUGUACCUCGUGCUGGAUCAAAAGUAAUGUCCACCCAGAGGACAUGCAGAAGAUUGUCGGCGCGUACGCAAAUGUCGUCGAAAAUCUCAACGCGCAUGUCCAUCCCGACAACAUGUACCCUUCCGCCACCUACCUGCGCUCUAUUAUCAAGCCCGGCCCCGCGGUUUACGAUAGAGAAGCCAUCAGGCCUGGUACACCCCUAAGCGAAGGUGCCCAGCUCCUCAUUGACCAAGUCAACGCCUCGGAUGAUCGCCUCUGGGUCCUUGUCUGGGGACGACACGGGCCACUGGAUCCGAACCACAUUUCCCUCGCUCUUCUACAUCGUGUCCCUGCACGCCUGGAAAGAGUACCCCAUGGCCGCCUGGACAGGGAUCUCAGGCGACCUCUUCGCCCCAUCGACAACGGUGCGGCGGACAAGACCAAGAUCACCCGAGAGUGGCUGAAGAAACAGAUCCAGACUGGUCCUUACGGAAGCGCCUAUCCCGAAUACACCUUUAUCAUGGAGGGCGAUACGCCGACGUUUCUAUAUCUCAUCCAAAACGGCCUGGGUUCCUGCGAGAAUCCACAUUGGGGCUCGUGGGGCGGCCGGUACGGACGCGUGAGUGUCGAGGUGAAUCUCUACAGCGAUGUCAUGGACGAGGUGGAGGUGCCCGGCACAGGAGCAAAGGUGUUCUCGAACCAGGCGAGAAUCUGGCGCUGGCGAGACGCUUUCCAGGAGGACUUCGCCGCGCGGAUGCAGUGGACACUCGACGCUGAUCGCGGUGGGGUUAGCCACGCACCGGUGGUAAUUGCUAACGGCAGCAGCGGGCCAGAGCAUCUGUACCAGGAGGCUGAGGCUGGGUCUGUCGUGACGCUCGAUGCUUCGGCCACCUAUAAUCCCGAUGGCGAUGAGCUGUCAGUCCGUUGGUUUCACUAUAAAGAGCCAACCAGAACGCAGAGUGAAGUGCACUGGCCGUUUGUUCCGGAUGUGGAGUUUAGCAUUGCUGAUCAUCACGCUAAUGUCGAAGGCAAACGGAAAGGUGGAGGAGCCGUGGUGACUGUUCAGGUUCCGCCAGCGGAGGCAUGCGGUGUAGAUAUUCUCAAGGGAAAAGCGUUGGAAAUAGGGCAGACGUUGCACUUGAUUCUCGAGGUCAAGGAUAGUGGCACACCGUGUAUGAGAGCGUACAAGUGUAUUGUUUUGCAGACUACGAAUAUCGCUGCGAAGGGCGCCUCGGGGAUGGUGUACGAAACGGUGACAGAGGCCCUUGAGCAUAUGAUAAGAUGAACAGCCGGCUGUAUCGACAAGUCCAUCUACGUUAAGAGACCCCUUUUUUGAUCAACUGCGACGAAAAGGCACAAAUAAAUGUCGGGUGAAUUUACUGGCACUUAACUCACUUUAGG